AUGCAACUUCCUUGGGCGCAGCGAGCGCGGCCCUUCCCCCUUCCCUGCAUCCCUGGGCCCGCUCCUUUGGCCACCCCGCCGCCCGCGUCUGGAACACCCACUCGAGACCAUCCAAAGUGUACACGCACAGAGAGGGUUUUUAGUCUUUUCAAUUAAGGGAAAAUGAGACCUUCAGAAGAGGUCUUGAAAGUGGACAGCAUUCUUCAACGCCGCCAGGGAUUUCUUUCUUCAAGACCACAAGUUAAAAAGAAAACAUGACUGAAUCUGCUUCUAGCGCAAGUGGUCAAGAGUUUGAUGUAUUUAGUGUUAUGGACUGGAAAGAUGGAGUGGGCACAUUACCAGGAAGUGAUUUAAAGUUUCGAGUAAAUGAGUUUGGAGCCCUGGAGGUGAUCACUGAUGAGACUGAGAUGGAAAAUGUGAAAAAGGCAACUGCCACCACCACUUGGAUGGUGCCAACUGCUCAAGAAGCCCCGACCUCUCCCCCGAGCUCCAGGCCCGUAUUUCCACCUGCCUACUGGACAUCUCCACCUGGAUGUCCCACAGUCUUUUCGGAGAAGACUGGGAUGCCUUUCAGGUUGAAGGAUCCCAUGAAAGUGGAUGGGCUUCAAUUCUGUGAGAACUGUUGUCAGUAUGGCAAUGUAGAUGAGUGUCUUUCUGGAGGAAACUAUUGCAGCCAGAAUUGUGCUCGACAUAUCAAAGACAAAGAACAGAAAGAAGAAAGGGACAUUGGAGAAGACAAUGAAGAAGAAGAUCCCAAGUGUAGUCGGAAGAAAAAACCAAAAUUGUCGCUGAAAGCUGAUCCAAAGGAGGAUGGAGAAGAGAGAGACGACGAACUGGAGAACAAACAAGACGGACGGAUCCUGAGAGGUUCACAAAGAGCCCGAAGGAAACGACGAGGUGACCCGGCUCUCUUAAAGCAGGGUUUGCCUCCUAAGGGAAAGAAAGCCUGGUGCUGGGCAUCCUACUUAGAGGAGGAGAAAGCUGUGGCCGUGCCUACAAAGCUGUUCAAGGAGCAUCAGUCUUUUCCAUAUAACAAGAAUGGGUUCAAAGUCGGCAUGAAACUAGAAGGCGUGGACCCCGAGCAUCAGUCCGUGUACUGUGUCCUCACUGUGGCUGAGGUCUGUGGAUACCGGGUAAAGCUCCACUUUGAUGGGUAUUCUGAUUGCUAUGACUUCUGGGUAAAUGCAGACGCCCUCGAUAUUCACCCAGUUGGGUGGUGUGAGAAAACUGGCCAUAAACUUCAUCCACCAAAAGGAUACAAAGAAGAUGAAUUUAAUUGGCAAACCUAUCUGAAGACAUGCAAAGCUCAAGCUGCUCCCAAGGCAUUAUUUGAAAAUCAGAACAUAACAGUGAUCCCUUCAGGCUUCCGAGUCGGAAUGAAGCUUGAAGCUGUAGACAAAAAGAACCCUGCAUUCAUCUGUGUUGCUACGGUAACAGAUAUGGUGGACAAUCGCUUCCUGGUGCAUUUUGACAACUGGGAUGAGAGCUAUGACUACUGGUGUGAAGCAUCUAGUCCACACAUUCAUCCGGUUGGCUGGUGUAAAGAACACAGAAGGACUCUUAUUACUCCACCAGGUUACCCAAAUGUGAAACAUUUUUCUUGGGAUAAAUACUUAGAAGAUUCCAAUUCUUUACCUGCUCCUGCAAGAGCGUUCAAAGUGAAACCUCCACAUGGAUUCCAGAAGAAAAUGAGACUGGAGGCCGUAGACAAAAGAAAUCCCAUGUUUAUUAGAGUAGCCACUGUUGCAGACACGGAUGAUCACCGAAUCAAAGUUCACUUUGACAGUUGGAGUAGUAGUUAUGACUACUGGAUAGAUGCAGAUUCUCCAGAUAUCCACCCCGUGGGUUGGUGUUCUAAAACUGGGCAUCCUCUUCAGCCUCCUUUGAGUAAGAGACACAGAAUAACUUCUUCUGAACAGACUGGAUGCUUGACACCAGGAUGUAAAGGGAUUGGCCAUUUUAAGAGAGCAAGGCACCUGAGCCCUCAGAGUGCUUCCAACUGUCCUUAUUCAGAUGUCAAUUUGAACAAAGACCGUAUUUUCCCCGACCGGCUAAGUGGUGAGAUGCCUCCGACUAGCCCAUCAUUUCCAAGAACUAGAAGGACAGAGACAAACGAGAGUUCUUCUUCUCCAGAAACCAGGUAUCAGCAUGUUGAUGACGUUCCUGUCAAAGAAGACUCUGAAGAGAGAACGGAAAGUGAACUGAGGCCCUCACAUGAAGCCAGAGGUACCCGGGAAGAGCCCCCUGCACAACCGGCACCGCGUCGCUCAGCCGUCUUUCUUUCCUUUAAGUCCCCAAUUCCAUGCCUGCCCCUGCGCUGGGAGCAGCAGAGCAAACUGCUUCCAACAGUAGCUGGAAUCCCUGCAAGUACGGUGUCCAAGUGGAGCACAGAGCAGGUGUCAGAAUUCAUUCAGUCACUCCCUGGCUGUGAAGAACAUGGAAAGGUAUUUAAAGAUGAACAAAUUGAUGGAGAAGCAUUUCUGCUUAUGACUCAAACGGACAUUGUCAAAAUUAUGAGCAUUAAACUGGGCCCUGCUCUCAAAAUUUUCAAUUCUAUCCUGAUGUUCAAAGCUGCAGAAAAGAAUUCUUACAAUGAACUUUGAAGACAGUGAGUCCUGUAUCCAUCCGCUUUCUGCUUCAAAGCUCGUGUUUCAUUCAAAGCACAAGGACAGCUCCAACUCUUAGUGGGAAAUCUCCCAAACUCAAAAGAGCAAGGCUGUCAGUUAUUUAUAUUUCUCAAGAGACAAUAUAUGAUUUUUUCUGAAAACGCUUGAGCUUUUAAGCAAGUGCUGUCUUAACAACAGUCAUCUUUUUGGUUCUGUUCACUGAGCUAAAUUGAUCUUUGUAAAUCUUUUGGACGCUGGAGGGUGGG